CGGGCAGGCCAGGAAGCGAUGGAAAUUCCUGAUGAAGAUGAUCCGCUGGUUCUCAAGAGUAAGAAGCGCAAGGCGGAGAAGCAGGCAUCCAAGGCUAAGAAAUCGAAGAUCGAAGUCACUGAGAAAUGCGAGAUAAUCGCUGCUCCAGCUGCUCAAGUUGCAAGGCCUGCUGUGGUGGAUUUUGAGCCGAGGAGCUAUCAGCUGGAAGUUCUUGAGAAAGUUUUGAAGGAGAACACAAUUGUUUUCCUUGAGACCGGGGCUGGGAAGACACACAUUGCCGCGAUGCUCUUCAAUAAGCUAGCGGAUCGUCUCUCGAUGCCCGAGGAGAAGCGCAUCGGUGUUUUUCUCACUCCGACUGUGGCUCUUGCUGAUCAGCAAGCGAACGUUAUAUCGUCAAGCACACGUUUAAAGGUGGGGAUUUAUCAUGGCGGCCAGAUGGAUACUUGGGACGUUAGAAAAUGGAGCGAGGAGAUUGAUUCGCAUCAGGUGUUAGUGAUGACCGCGCAAGUUCUGUUUAACUCGCUCCAGCUAUCGGCAAUCAGAAUGGAAAUGAUCGAAGUUUUGAUUUUUGACGAGUGCCACAGGGCUCAAAAUAACCAUCCAUAUGCUUCGGUCAUGAAGACUUACUAUCAUACUUCGACGUCGAAACUUAAACCGAGAAUUUUUGGAAUGACUGGAUCUCUCGUCGCAACGAAAGUCUCUACCUGUGAGGAUGGGAAGCUUUGCAAGGAGAUGAGAGAUCUUGAGAGCCUUUUAGACUCCAAGAUUUACACAAUAACAUCUCGAGCAGAGCUUGAAGAGAAAGUGCCAACUCCUUUUUACCGAAACUUAUACUACGACAAAGCUCACCAUUGUUUUAAAGAAUUGCGCAGAUGCCUCACUGAUUUGUUAGACAAGUAUCAGCAAAGCAGCUGUGUCGGCACAUGUCAGUUAAGCGACGAAAAUAAAAAACGUUCCAAGUUUUCAAACCUAUAUAAUGCGAUCACAAGCUGCCUUCUCGACCUUGGUUUGUGGAGCGCCGUCCUGGCUGUUGAGGUACUUCUAAAAAUUGAUCCAGAGGGUACGAAACCCUCAGUGGAGAAUGAGGAUAAGAAUGACGAACAAAGGUUUUUGAAAGAAGCUUACAACAUCUUGAAGAGUUUUGUGCCUGGAGACUCCGUCAGCAGCAUAUCAAGCCCCGAGGAUGCCAAAAAGGCUGUCAAUUCUGGGUUAAUAACUUCAAAAGUUAAAGCAUUACUCAAAAUUCUAGUGAGAUACAGAAAUGUUGAGCCUUUUCGAUGCAUGAUUUUUGUUGAGAGAGUGGUCGUGACACAGGUGCUUGCCAGGCUCCUGAGCACCUUUAAAGCUAUCGAUUUUUGCCGCACUGGCUACAUUGUAGGGGUGACUGCCGAUGGCAACACCACGAAGCAUGUAGAAACAGUGAAGGCUUUCAAAAGUGGGGAGUUGAAUGUGUUAAUCUGCACAUCAGUUGCCGAGGAGGGUCUCGACGUGCAGUCGUGCAAUUGCGUCGUGAGGUUUGAUAUUUGUCGCACCCUAAGGAGCUUUAUUCAGUCGCGUGGCCGGGGACGGAAACGAGACGCAACCUAUAUGUUUCUUCUUGAAAGGGGUAACCUGGAGCAGGAGAGCCUGCUGAUGGAACUGGUAAACAGUGAGGAGCUUAUGAGGGCCGAAGCAUUAUCCCGAAUGAGCAAAACUAUUGAAAUAACGCCAUUGAUCGACGCGGACUUGGACUUCUUCUACACGACCUCUGGAGCAUGCAUUAGCACCGAUGGUGCAGUAUCUUUUAUCUACAGAUACUGCAGCCAACUCCCAGGGGACAGAUUCUACAAUCCCAAACCAGAAAUCGAAGUCACUAAAUGUGAAUCUGAUAACGAGGAGUUGUUCUCGUGUACAAUAACGUUUCCUCCGAAUGCCCCUCUUCAUGUACUCACAGGGCUUCCAAAGCGAAACAAGCAGCUUGCGAAGAAGGUAGCAUGUCUUGAGGCAUGCCGGCAGCUGGACGCUUUGGGGGCACUAGGCGAACGACAUCCACCUGAGGUCCGCGAAGAAAAGAUGGCUUCGGAGGGUCCGGGACUAGGCUCUACGAAGCUCAAGGAGCUAUUUCCGUCUAUCAAGUCCACUACUUACCAGAGACAAUGGAUAACGACCUCGACGGACAUAGUUUUGCAUAUCUAUGCUCUCAUAUUCCAUCCGGAGGAGAAUGGCUCAACGUAUACAAAUUUUGGUCUUUUAUUUGAUGCCGCCCUUGACGACGACGUCGGGAAUAUUGAAGUUAAUCUCUAUCUCACCAAGAACAGAGCUGUGAAAGCGAAACUUUCCUCUGCUGGGCAACGUCGGGUAGACUCUGUCCAGCUUGCUGCAGCGAAAGCUUAUCAAGAGAUCAUGUUUAACGGAGCGUUCAGCAGGUUGGUGUUUCGGGAGGAUAAGAACGACAGGACACUGGCAACGUGCUUGCUUUCCUCCACUGAGAAAGCGAAUGAAUUGUGGUCGGAGACGUACUUGUUGCUACCUAUUCUUGAUGGGAGCUGUGAUAUCGACUGGAACAUCGUAACACGCUGUGCAGACGCUGCCAAGUUGCUACCAAGUCUGUGCUCCGAGCUGAACAAGACCGAGGUCUGUAUGGAGAGACCCGAUACCGGUCUUAUUUACACAGCUAGUGGCCCUGUGAGUCCCGGCGCGCUACAAGACGCUGUCGUUCUUACAGUACACACAGGAAAGCUCUUCUCCAUUGUCGAAGUUUUGGAGGAUUUAGGAGCUCAGUCGACGUUUAAAGAAAACGAAGAGUCCGAGCCGUGCACUUACGAGGAGUUCUAUCUUAGAAAGCAUGGGCGAUUGUUGCGAUAUCAAACGCAACCUUUUCUACGAGUCAAACCAACGCAUGCCGUUCACAACCAUCUGCACGAGCCAGAUCGAAAGAACAAACAAAAACCAGCUGCCAUCGUGAAAAACUUUGUGGAGAUUCCACCAGAGCUUUGUCUCGUUCUUGGCGCAAGGAGUUCAAUGAUUCGAUCUUUAUAUCUAGUGCCUUCGUUUAUGUAUCGCUUUACCGCGUACAUCAUCUCCUCCGAACUUCGGACAAAGUUCACAAAGCAUUUUCCAUGUGCUCACGCUUCCAAGAUCCUCGAGGCACGCACAAGCUUGCGUUGUCAAGACGGUUUCUCAUACGAAGGUCUCGAGCUGCUCGGAGACUCGGUUCUCAAGUACGCUGUAACCAGGAAAUUAUAUCUUCUUCAUUCGACCAUGCACGAAGGUGAACUGUCCGAUCGAAGGUCUCAUGCCAUAUGCAAUUCAACACUUCGCAAGCUCGCCGUAGCACAAGAUUUACCGAUGUAUGUUCGGGACGAGCCUUUCUACCCGUCCUGCUGGGUCGGAGCGGGUAUGUACCGCCAGAGAAGCAGAAAAUGCUGCUGUCGACUGGACAACCUUGUGACAAAAGAAUCAAGCAAGCCAAGACCGACAGAUGCUACGUACUACGUCGGGAAAACUUGCGGACAAGGCCAUCGAUGGAUGUGCUCCAAAACCACGUCGGAUGCUUUAGAAGCUUUGAUCGGGGCGUAUGCUGUUGGAGGGGGCUUCGAUGGUGCUUUGGAGUUCAUGAAAGCACUGCAAGUAGAUGUGGAUUUCGACAGUGGUUUAAUCGCAGCGAGCCAGCAUCGCCCUGUUCCUUUGGAUGCGGUUCAGUUUCAUAUGCCUGCCUUGCUUUCGUUAGAGAAAGAACUCUGUUACACGUUCCAGAACAAGGCGCUUCUGCUGGAGGCGAUCACGCAUGCUUCUACACCGGAUACGGUUUUCUGCUACCAGAGGUUGGAGUUCAUCGGGGAUGCUGUCCUUGAUUUUCUUGUGACUCGACACCUAUUUACGUCACACCCCGGUUUAAGCCCGGGAUUGCUCUCGGACCUCCGCUCGGCAUCUGUCAAUAACGACUGUUUAGCUCGCGUUGCAGUGAAGCAUCGACUGCACUCGUACCUUCGACACGGCUCCGCAGAACUACGAGCAAAGAUAACUUCAUUUCUGGAUGUUUUAGACAGAGAUCCGGAAUGCAGUGUUAUGUUUGGGUUCAAAGCUCUUUCGGGGCCAAAGGCCCUGGCAGAUAUCGUGGAAAGCGUAGCGGGGGCAAUACUUGUGGAUUCCGGCUUUGAUUUCGAGAAGCUGUGGGUUGUAUUGAAGCGGCUUUUGUCACCGUUUGUGACACCGGCGACGCUCUCAUUCCAUCCGGUUAGAGAGUUUCACGAAUUGUGCAGUUAUAAGAGCUGGGAAUUCGAAUGGGUCCAAUCAAGCUCUGGUGCCACAGCAGAGAUACUUUUAAAAGCUGGUGAGCAAAGGUUCACCGAAGUUUCAAGCAUUAAGAACAAGAAAGAUGCACGUAAAGACGUAGCAGAAAAACUGCUCACGAUGCUUAAGGACCUUGGCCAUCGGCAUCCUCGUUGGGACUCUUUAGCUCAAGAAGAAGAUGGUGUUCCUUCACACGAAAAUGCAUUGGAAUUGAAGGGGAUGCAAGAUGAACAAAUGCGACCUAGAAGUGGAGCAAACGAGCAGACUAUAUGCAACAUGGAAAUUACCAAUUUCUCUGGACAAGAGGUUUCAGAACAGCUGCCACUUCAAAUUGAUGUAACUGAGGAGCAGAUGACAUGCAACUUGACAAUUACUGAUUGCUCCGGACAGGAUGCUUCAGAAAAGAUUGAUAUAACUGAGAAGAAUACACGGAACGUGGAAACUACUGAUUACUCUGGACAAGUUGAACACAAUCAAGCUCAUACUUCGUCCAAAUGUUUUGUACCAAUUCGCAACCUGGACGUUGAUUUAGAGUCACUGACUGCGGUAAGAACAGAGAUGACGAACUGUGCGAUAGCUCUCCUGCAAGACUUUUGCAGCCAGAGAAAGCUGGGAUCACCGAAAUUCGAGGCAAAGGAAAGGCGUGGAGUGGCUCAAGGACGAUGGUUCUCGUUCACUGUGUCAGUGGAAAUCCCUGGCGAAGGUUUCUUGGAACAAGUGAGCUGCUUCAUGGCCAACAAAGAGAGAGCAAUGGGCGAUGCUGCCAAGAAGAUGCUACAGCUGCUAAGCAGCUUUGCGUCAAGCAGCUGAGAAACUUUUGCAAACUCAGGCAAAAGUGUUCGCUUUUCUCCAGCACACUCCUCUCAAGCCGCAGUUUCUUCAUGCUUGUGCUGUCCAAACCUUGGCACAGGGGGAACUAUGUGUGUGUCUAACUAAGAAGCUUAUUAAAUCCUCAAAUCUCUGCUUGGAACUCC